ACGGCGGAGGAGGCCGAGCUUCAUACAUGGAUGUUGCAGUGGGGGAUUACACCACAUGUCCCGCUGGAUCAAAUUAUAGACAAACAAUUGUAGGUAGCGGUGGUCGUGAUUUCAGGUGUGGCCCCGCAACCUGCCCUAACAGAUGCAACAACUUAUGUGGCGGCGUACAGAAUGUACGGAAGAUCCACUGCCAAGCAAACUCAGGUGUUUUCAAUAUCCAAACAAUUUUUUGUGCGUGUUGUUGCGGGGCUUCCCCUUCUCCUCCACCACCCCCACGUCAAUCACCACCACCUCCUAAAGCAUCCCCGCCGCCUCCACCGCCAUCACCUCCUCCUCCAUCUCCACCACCACCACCACCAUCACCCCCACCUCCAUCUCCACCACCACCACCGCCAUCACCCCCUCCUCCAUCACCACCACCACCACCGCCAUCUCCACCACCACCACCACCACCAUCAGAUGCACGAGAUCAAUGCAGUCCUGAAUUUACAUCUUAUUCUUCGACUGUAGUGACAGAUUGCACCCUUUGUCCCGUUUGUAGUUGUCCUGGUGGUGUACCUCCACCGCUUGAGGGGUGCAUUCUAAAUUACUGCAGUUGUUGUUGCCCAACUACCCUUACAUCAUCAUCAACAAUUCCUGGUUCGUCAUUAUUCGCAGCUGCAUAGCCAACAAUAUAUAUAUAUAUAUAUUGUGGUAAAACUACCCUGCGGUGGUCAUAAGCUAGCUGCAGCCAAUGUGAUUGUCAUAUGGAGUGGUCUUUAUGCGUUUAAUGGUAAUACAAUAAGCAGCAUGUACUCUAUUUUACUUCCUCCGUUACUUUUUAAAAGACCAGUUUCUAUAAAUAAAUAUUUCAAAAAAAUAAGUCAGUUUUCUUACUGGGAAAGUCAAAUCUUUCUUUAAUUUUUGGGACCAUUUUUCUUUUAAUUUCUUUUGAUGACAAGUGUUAUGUAGAUCAUUUCACUUAUUUCUUUGGCUGACAAGUGUCAUGAGGACCAUUUCAAUUCACUUCUUUUAUUAACAAGUGUUUAGAGGACCCCUUUCAAUAAUUAGUUCUCUUAAUUUCCUUAAUUUUUAAGAUUAUCUUCAAAAAUGAUUUGAUAAUUUAAGAUUAGCAG